AUGUCAUCAUCUUCAUCCGACGAACUCGAAGAAAGACUAGAAGAAGUUUUUGACGACAUUUUGGAGGACACAUACAACAACAUAGUGGAGUCCCAUCACAAUAACCCAGUUAGACGUCUUUAUAUAGAACGCGAUCGAGAAACGGGACACGAACGUUUAUGGAAUGAUUACUUCUGCGAGAAUUCGACUUUUUCCCCCAACUUAUUCAGACGUCGUUUCCGCAUGAACAAAGACUUAUUCAUGCAUAUUGUCCAUCGCCUUUCAGAUGACGUCCCUUUCUUUCGUCAGUCAAGAGAUGCAACCGGGAGGCCCGGUCUUUCUCCACUACAAAAAUGUACGGCUGCUAUUCGUCUCCUCGCUUAUGGUUCUGCAGCUGACGCAGUUGACGAGUAUCUUCGACUUGGUGAAUCCACGGCACUUUUGUGUUUACAUAAGUUCACAGAAAACAUAAUACGGUUAUUUGGAGAUGAGUAUCUACGAAGACCAACUCCAGAGGAUCUUCAACGACUACUUGAUAUUGGAGAGAUACGCGGCUUUCCUGGAAUGGUAGGAAGCAUCGAUUGUAUGCAUUGGGAGUGGAAAAAUUGUCCAACCUCUUGGAAAGGACAAUACACACGUGGAUCCGGAAAACCGACAAUUGUCUUGGAGGCAGUAGCUUCACAAGAUCUUUGGAUAUGGCACGCUUUUUUUGGUUCUCCAGGUACUUUGAACGAUAUUAACGUCCUUGAUCGAUCACCUGUUUUUGAUGACAUUUUACAAGGUCGAGCACCAAGAGUUCAGUACGUGGUCAACGGACACCAGUAUGAUUUGGCGUACUACCUCACAGACGGCAUAUAUCCAAAAUGGUCAACAUUUAUCCAAUCUAUCUCCCUCCCGCAAGGUCCUAAAGCAGAGUUAUUUGCUAAAUGUCAAGAAGCGACUCGAAAAGAUGUUGAGCGGGCUUUUGGAGUUUUGCAAGCUCGAUUUGCGAUUGUGAAAAACCCGGCUCUUACAUUAGACAAGACGAAAUCGAAUAUGAACGAGACGGAUACACUCAGUACAAUAUAUCUGAGUUUGAAGAAGGAGAUGGAAGCAGAAGUUCUCAGGUAG